AGGUCGCCAUCGCGACUUCGCACCUUUGUGCGGGGCAACUUGCUCGACGCGAGGCUCUCCUUUGUUUUCAGUCGUUGCAGUGGAAGACAGUUUCGAUAUUAGUUGACAGGAAGAUGGCAGUCAGUCAGGAUUUUUCCCAGCUCACCUUGAACCUUCUGAAGGUGAAGUGUGGAGAGUAUGGUCUCAAGAAGUCGGGAAAGAAAGCCGAUCUAGUUGCGAGACUUGCUCAGCAUUUCUCUGAAGGCGACGGUGAUGGCAAGGAAGGGCCACCUCCGCCAGCUGCAGCGCUUGCUGUUAUUCCCCACGACCCUCUGGAUUUUCCUGUUACUGGGUGGCAGCCGAUUAAAUCUGCGAGUGGAAGGCUACUCUCCCUGUCGUUCUCCAUGCAAACUAUGGUUUCUUAUUUCGUGGACACUAUGACCAGCGAUGGACCUGCCAAGAAUUUCAAAGCGCUUGCUGCCACUGAUAGCAAGUCAAUUCGUCUGUAUCGAGCAGGUUAUGUCCAGAAAAUCGAACUGAUGAAGGCCCACAGCCGUGUGUACUACCGUGCCCGCUGUCAGCCUGAAAUGAAGACCAAAGCUGACUACAAACUUCGGCUCGUUGCUCAGUGUGACUCAGGAUCUGCCACCAGUGUUGUUGGUGCUCAGUGCACUUGUCCUGCUGGCAAGGGUGUUACUGCCAGUUGCAAGCAUAUAGCUGCACUGAUGUAUGGCUUGUCCGAGUUCACUCUGCUUGGGUUUAGUGACGCUCCGACGUGCACGGACAUGCUGCAAAAGUGGAACCAGCCUCCUGCAGGUGCAGGUAAAAAGAGUGAGCCCAUGCUGGUUCAAGACAUGGAGUGGCGUAGAGGUGGCAGUACCACUGACAAAUCUGCGCCAAAGAAACGUAAGCAUUCUGCUGCAGAAGUACUUGACCCUCGUGCUGUUGCAAAGCGGAUGGACUUUGCCCGGCGUGUGGAGGAAUACGCCAACUCAACCAUUCACUCCAACUCCAUCCACCUAGCAUUGCCUCUUGUUGCUGGUAGCUCAGGAUUUGCUGCUAAGCAGAAGGAGGACAGGUUGCACAGAGCCCAAGCGCAGAAAAAGGAGAGACUGGCUAGGGCAGGGGAACAGAAGGACAAGUGGCAGGUUGAGCACAGCAGAUCAGGUGAUGUGACACCUGUGCCAUCUGACUGCGAGUGGCUAACUGAGGACAAGCAGAUGCUGUGGUACGAGUCCAAUGUCAUACUUACUUGUGAAGAAGCCAAUGCCCUGCAAGAAGCCACUGCAUCCCAAACAACAAGUGAACUCUGGAGGAAUGAACGAAAGAAGCGUAUUACAGCUUCCAUUGCCCAUACUGUAGCUCAUCGACGACCUCAGACUGACCCGUCAUCCCUCAUAAAAACUAUCAUUGAUCGGCCGGCGUUCACCACUCCUGCAACCAGAUGGGGGAUUGAUCAUGAAGAAGAGGCACGAUGUGCCUACGUAGCCCACCAAGCCAAGUCUGGCAAGCUGAUAGAUGUUGUUGCAUGUGGCUUAUUUGUGCAUGCUGAUGAAUGCUGGUUUGGUGCCAGUCCCGAUGGCAUUGUUAGGGAUGGUGAUACAUCACUUUUGCUCGAGAUUAAAUGCCCGUUUGUUGCUAGAGACCAAAGUCUAGCAGAGGUAGCUGGGUCUACUGCAUCAUUUUGUUUGUCCAACAAGGAUGGUGUGCUUUCUCUCAAAACAACACAUGCCUACUAUACACAAGUGCAAAUGCAGCUCUUUGCUGCAGGCCUUCAAUUUUGUGACUUUGUAGUGUGGUCUCCCUGCAAUGAUCUUUUUGUUGAGCGCAUUUCAUUUUGUGAAGUGCAUGUCAAGAAAACUCUCGCAGCUUGCCGAACAUUUUAUUUUGAUCAUGUUCUCCCGAAACUGGCUCUGUGAUCAAGUUUCUUGGUAAUAGAUAUAUUCCUCGUCAUCUGAGAUGACCAUUGCUCACUUUGCUCCAGUUCCUGUAGUCUUGACUGUUUACAUUCUUCCCUGAUUUGUGGCAAUCUUUUCUUCUGUAAGUGCGUCUGAACUGUUCUAUACGCUGCACUCUAUGUUCUUUAUUAUAGCUUUUUCUGUUCUGCCCUGUUCUGUAGCUCCUUCUUGAUAUAAACGCCGUGAUUAGAUGGUGGAUAGUUCCAUCAGCUACCGGCUUCCUGCAUUUGUACAUGAUUAGGUAGUGUUGUAUACAUGUACCCAAGACGGUGGAACUCUGCUGUAAACAGUGCGUUAUAGUAAAUUAUACUGCCAUUACUGGUAACC